CGUCAACUUUUUAGAUUGAAGGCAAAUAAAUAAAUAUCACGGCAGUGACUCAUCAUGACACAUUCUGUUGACUAUAGCGUCCAUAAAGUCGGUGGCUCAGUGCGUCUGUGUAUAGUUUACCUGCACUGUUGCCAUCUGUGACAAAGUCUGCUAUUAAUGUGAAAACAUGUGGUUAUCGGCCUCGUAACUCGCUGGCAUGAAAGCUUUCGCCCGUCGCGCUCGCUGUCAGCUUCGUGUUCCUAGUUUCCUAGGACCGUGAAGGCAGCACACGAGAUGGGCACGGAUUCGAAUGCACUCGCGUAUUAAGUCCGAUUUGUACUUGCGUGAGAGCAAGAGAAGAAAGAAAAAGCUGCAGUCAAAACUCACCCCCCCACACUUUUCUUUUGCCAAGAUUCGCAACAUCUGGAGGACGAGGGACGAGCCAGAGAAAGUUUUUAAGGAGGUAGAGAGGAAGAAGGGAAAGCCGGUUCGCGAGUGAAGAAAAUGCACUGAAAAGUUGAGGGUUGUUUUUUUUUGGGGGGGGGCGGGGGUGCACGGACCCGGCGUGCGGACGGCAAGAUCCGUGGAAGCGUGUAGAUAAGGGUGGAGGGGGGUGGGGGGAAGGAGCUCUCGGAGGGCGAGAGAAGUCCACCUGGGGAGUUCGCACAAUGAAUUAGCCAGAAGUUGGGAGACUCCGCCACUGGUCCACACUCAAGGCUAGCUCCUCGGCCCCUCCACCUCCUCGGAAAAGAGCCAAGCCUACGCCCAUGGAUGAGGAGAGGAGCGCUCCUGCCAUCUCCCCAGAGCCACCAGAUGUUGGGGCCCCUUGUCCAGCAGCGCCUCUGCCCAUCUUACAUGUAAAGGCUAUCAUAGAGAUUGAAAACAAGGCUCUGAUCCCAACAACAAGUCGAGAUGUAGCCAACACCUUCACUGAACCCCUCAUAUUGAGGUCAGAUGUCAUCCCAGAAGGGAUACAAGGUGACGACGGAGCCAAAUGCAAAAGCAGCCUCUCGGGCCCAGAGCUCACAACACCCAGCAGGAGUAUCACAUGUCAACCAGCAGCCAGAUCCACACCCAUCCACCCCACCCAGCCAUGUCGGACGCAGCCUAGCAGCCAAAUACGCAACGGAACCAAACAUCACGCACACGCACACUCCCCUCACUGCCCGCAUCCCACGCCUCACACACACUCACUUCAGUCUGGCGGGGACAGGAAUGGGGGCCCUCAUCCAAAACUGGGCUCCCUCCCCAGAGGAGGCUCAUCCACCUCCUCCUCCUCCUCAGCAGGGCCCAGCAACAGCAAGAAGUUGCAGUCUAACCCCUCCAUCACCUCCCAGAGCAGCAAAAGGAGUAAAGCCAGCUCCAAGAGUAGCUCGAAGAGCAACAGCUCCCAGAUUCCCACAGAGGCGCAGGAUGACUGCUGCGUUCACUGCAUCCUGGCCUGCCUCUUUUGUGAAUUCCUGACGCUGUGUAACAUCGUGCUGGACUGCGCCACCUGCGGGUCGUGCGCAAGCGACGACUCGUGUUUCUGUUGCUGCUGCUGCGCGUCGGAGGAGUGCGGGGACUGUGAUCUGCCGUGCGACAUGGACUGCGGCAUCAUCGACGCCUGCUGUGAGUCUGCAGACUGUCUGGAGAUCUGCAUGGAGUGCUGCAGCCUUUGCUUCUCUUCCUGAGGUCACUUCGCCCAGGGGGUGCGACACACUUCUUCACCUCUUGAUCCUAUCUCCACAAAGCCUGGGAGCGACUUCGAUCAGACUUUGCUGUCAUAGCUUGGCCUGGACUCCGUGGCUCUCACGAUAUUGGCUUGCCUUGUUGGCUCCACAAUACAGUAUGUCCCUCACAAAAGAGUCAGAGAGCAGUCAAUGGUAAAUUCCUCUCGCUUUCAGCCCGUCCUGCUUUGUGCUGGCUGUUGGGCCACUCGGAUGUCCGCUAACGUGCGCGAACUGGAUUGUUCCAACGGAGCCCCUUUUGUCGUCGAAGUGACUGGAGUUCUCCAAGCAUGAAAAAUGACCUCCAAAGGCAAAUGAGAAAAUGGAUCCAUUUAACCGGAUUUUAGUGUUUCUGUUGAUAAGAGCGGCAGCGUAAUGGAAAAAUUGAAGCUCAGCUCUCUGUAGAACUGUCUGAGUCUGUCCUUGCCAAGGUUAACGUCUUCCAGUCUGAUUGCAUGCUGUGGCCUUUGUGACACGCGCGGCCCAAGAGGCUGAUGCCGGAUCCAUUGAUCUCUUUGUCUACGGAGAAAUGUACAAAACACAGAAUAAUGGUGGCUUGUGGCAAUAUUAUAGACACAUUUCCUUUGUUCGUAAGUGUCUCAUUUAACAGAUGUAAUCAGCGAAGAAUCAUGAGAGAGUCAUUCAUCAGCUUGCAGAUGGAGCGCAUCAAAUCAGACCCGUUAGUGAUGGACAUCAGCGUGCAACGCUUGAUGGCAUUUAUAAUGAUCACAUUCUCUGCUUAACAUGUGAAGGGAGCGUUCGCAAUCAAAUGUCUCUCCUCAUUUCAUAUUUCAUAUUUUGUGUUUACUUUGAGAUUGAUUUGAGGAGCCCGGCCGUGCCCACUGAAAUCUUCCUCGUCCAAAUGGGCAAAACUGGCAAAAGGAUUGGACUAGAAGGCAGCAUCUUCCUUGAAUACAUUUCAUCUUUCUUUGUCACACUCGUUAUGUGAACAAAUGGUCUUUUCGGCUUAGCUCUCUGCCUCCAUUUCCAAGUAGAUUCCAAAUCUCUAUUAAUCCUUUUUGGGGGGCUAGAUUUUAGUUAAGAUAUUUGCAUUUCUCCUCUAAUGUGAAAAUCACAUUUCUGUGUUAUCAGGUUUGACCAAGCUAGCUGGAGAGCAGGUACUGCUGAACAUCUAAUUGAAUUCUGCCAGUGAAAAUCUCAUAUUGUGUUAUGCUAAGAUGGAUCCACACGCCCGUAGUAUGAAUGGUACGAAUUUCAACACAGGCCUUGACUCUUCUAGCGUCGCACACAUUUUCUCCGAGCAAACACUAUGUGCUUUAAAAAUGACUCGAUACAUCUCUCCUCUAAUAAUCUGAUAUUUUGUGCAAUUUUUUUUCUUGAUUUUUAAACGUGUGUACACAGAGGGCUUCGUGUUAUGUGAAUAUGGUGAAUUCAAACCUAUUCUAUGUUUGGUUAGUUUGGUUAGAAUAUACAAAGAGGACGAAAUCAAGCUACUUUGUAAUCACAGCAACUCAGAAAUCCGAGUUUCUGGAAUUAAAUGGAACUAGAGAAGUUAUGACUAAGAGUGUCUCAAAAUUUCCAGCAUGUUGAAAAUUAUAAUCCUGGAAAGACCUGGAAAACAAUGCAAUCUUUCCCAGAGAUUUAUGAAGGGAGAAGUGGAUCAUAGAAUACUACGGAGAAGUGGAUUUCAAUGUCAAGUUUGGGGUAAGAUACAAAAUAACCGAAGCAUUUUAACUGGAAAUACUUUCUCUUGUUGUCGGCCCAACCACAUGACAAGAACAACCAUCAAAAUUGUAUCUACGUGGCAAAACCAAAGGAAAAUAAACAUCAGCCGUUUUUUUAACGGUAAAUCCUUGCAGUAAAUGAAAACUCCAUUGAAAUCAGUCAAUUGCUUCACAGCCAAAAAGCCAUACUUUUUUUUUUUGUAACAUUUACAGCAUAUUGAUACUGACAACAGCACAAUAUUUUUGUCUGGUUGUUUUUUUUUAACAGUCUACUUCUCGUGGGCCACACAGCUUGUUUAUUCUCAUUCAGAGUAACCAAGCUGUAAAUCAACACGUACAUACUUGUUGCAGACAAUUUAAACACUAACUGUCAGUGUUAUCACAUAGAGUGUGUCGUACUGGAAUAAACAUAUUUUAACACUACUCUUAAAGCAACAUCUUCACCAUGAUGGUUGGUAGCCUGGUUGGUUUGGUCUGGAAGUGAGUAAAACCUUAAUAAAAAAAAAAAAAAUAAUAAAAUAAGUGGCAUUUGGAUAAACAUAUGGCCAUGAUAACUGGAAAUAGACAUUUUAUUUAGGUCCUACAAUACGAUUUAUUCUCUGGUAUUUGGAUGAUGUUCCAUUAUUCCCAUUCCAUUUUAGCUUCGGAUUGUUUUGUUAUCUUGUGAUGUUUUUUAUUUCUUUUUCUUUCUUUUUUUUUUUGAAAGUGGUUUAUACACAAUGUUAACUCACACCCUCUACUAGUAGUGUAAGUCGCUAUCACAGUCCAGAUGAAAUGUUACUUGAGAAUUGUCCACAAUAAUGUCAAUUUGUUUACAACAUAGCAACUUUGUUUAUUUCGAUUGCUGUCUUGGGAGUCACGUUAAAAACGUUUUGUUUAGUACUGAAUAA